AUAUGUAGGCAACGGCACGGGUCAAAACUCAGCUGGAUCUCCCACUUCUGGAACAAUGUGGUCGAUGCCAAAUUCGGAAACACCUUAUAGCACAACCAACUCCGCUUCACAUCAUCCCGUUUCUUCGAGAUUUGCAUUCACUCCUGCUCCUAGUUCACCUAUAACCAGUCCAUCGGUGGUUCGAUCGGACAGUAGUUUUAGUACGCCGUUGCACAGACCUAGCGGUCUUAGUUCUUACCCUUCUUAUAUGAGUCAGGAUAUCUCUCCAUGGAAUGGCUACAACAACAUUUCUCUACAGUCUGGAAUGAGAUGCUCCGUCCCUGACCAGAAUGGACAACCAGACUGGGCGUAUGCUGGAUACUGUCCUAGAGAUGGAGAUUAUUUUGCUGACAUGGAAGGUCGAGAAUGUGUCAACUGCGGGGCAAUUUCUACUCCUCUUUGGCGCCGUGACGGAACUGGACAUUAUCUGUGCAAUGCUUGUGGACUCUACCAUAAAAUGAAUGGCAUCAACCGACCCCUGAUCAAACCCCAGCGGCGAUUGGUAAGGGACACAACUCUACCAUACAGUGCAAGUCUGCAAUCGGUAUUUCCGUUUCAGUCGGGCUCCAGAAGAGCAGGACUUUCCUGCGCCAAUUGUCACACAUCAACCACAACCCUCUGGCGACGUAACAACGAAGGAGAACCUGUGUGCAAUGCCUGCGGACUAUACUUUAAAUUACAUGGGGUGAACAGACCUUUGGCCAUGAAGAAAGAUGGUAUUCAGACGAGGAAACGGAAACCGAAAAAUCUAGCUAAAUCCAAAACUCCGAUAAAAUCCGAACCAUCCCUCAACGACGUGAAGACAUCAGGCAGUCCUCCUACCUUGCAUGGUCACAACCAACACAGUCCAAUUACAACCAGUCUAAAUAAUGGUACGGUGGUAUCCAAUCUUGGACUUGCUCCCAACUCGAUCGUUUCUCGUUCAACAUCCUCUGCCCUGACACCAAGUCCGUCGACGUCAAGUCCCAAUAUGGGCAGCCCAGUUAACAUGUCGGCAGCCACUGCCCAUGUGUAUACUCCGUCGCCAGGCAAGCCUAUAUCAUCACUUGCGUUAGACCGAGAUUCCUCACCAAUCAACAACAAUCAUAAUAAUAAUAACAAUAAUACCAGCAACAACAGCAGCAAUGGCCACCACAAUGGACAACCGUCACAACAACAUCAUCAUCAUCAUCACCACCACCAACAUCAUCCACAGCAUCAGCAAGGAAUUGGUUUGGGCAUUUCUGUUUCAGAGCCAUCACCACUGACCGCUUUGUCAGUUGGUGGAAAUUAAUCAUGUGAAACGGCGGGGAAAUACACACUAUCUUAACACAAUAAUGCCUACAGUUCGUUGGCGACGUUACCCCACAUCGCCACAGUCAAAUGGGAACUAUGUUGGCCCUGAGUCUAAAAAGCGCUCUGCUGGUUGGUAAGGUGUAGCAAGCAUCUUUGGACGAAGUAAAAGACUUCAUACAACUCACAGCCCACUAUUUUGAAAAUAUAGGAUAAAAACAUCGUGCAUUCUCAUUCAGGCAGUAUUAAGUUUAGCUACACACUUAAACACUGCCUCAGUUAUAUUUGCUGUGAACUGGUAAUUGCGAUGAAUUAUAGAACAUAUCUUUAUUGUCAACUGAAAAGAUCUGUGUUCCGCUAAUUGUAAAACUCGAUCCUUGAUUAGCAACCGUUUAAAUGCACUAAAUUUGCUCUCAUUUGAGAGUAGGAUGUAAAAGACUUUAAAUCACAGAUGUGAUUCAAGAUUAACUAAACAUGCUCGUUUGAAGGACUUAAUGUUGGGUUAAGCAUAAAAGGUUAUAUUGUUCAUUGGUACUAAAAAAUGUGUUUGGCUGAGAUCAGCAUAUUUUUUUUUUUUAUAUAUAUAUUUCAUUGAUAGAAAACGUAAAAUCGCAGCUUGAAAGGAGGCAGAGUUUGUUUGAUUUGACGAAAUGUCGUCAUAUUUCAACUACGGACUACACUAAGUGUGUACCAUUACGCUAACGGUCACAUUUCAAUAACGUGAAAGAAUAAUGGAAUGUCAUUGAACAUUUAGCAACAUAUAUAAAAAUGGAAGAGGGGGAAAAAAACAAAAACCUAUUAAGUGAAACGAAAAAACGUGGAUCUGAAAUUUUGAAACAAAUGAACGAAGUGUAAAGAUAAACAAGACAAUGCCGCUACCAUUCAUCUUAGUCUCAAACUACCAAACGUCUUAAAACCUAAAAGAAUGGUAAGGUGUGAAUAGUCUUCACGUUAAAUAUAUUACCAUAAGUGUAUUCAUAAUUCCUGAUAUAGGCACAAGGCCACACAUUUAUGUGGGUUGGGGGGAAGGCGGAGUCGAUUGUAUCAUCCCCAGUAUUUGACUGAUACACAUGUUUUAGCGAAAUCUGAAAGGAUUCGAUUUCAGAUUUCGCUAAAAUAUGAAACGCAAAGUAUAUUCAUAAAAAGACAUGAUUCAAGACGUUCUGAGUUCGCAUCCCACCGAGGUGGUCGGCUAUUCCUUUCAUCGUUCCGGGGUUAAUAAGUGCAUUAAUAAAUGUAAUUUAUUUCAACUUUUCAUUUUUUUUUUCAUAUUUUUUUUUUUUGUUAUAUAGUGAAAUGAUUUUGAUUGAUUCUAGAAGAGAGUUCAGUUAGUUUAUUAAACACAAUCACGCACACACAUUCAUAUAUACAUACAUUUAUACAUGGACACGUACAUACAUACAUACAUACAUACAUACAUACAUACAUACAUACAUACAUACAUACAUACACACAUACACAGAUUGCUUAUAACAUACAGUAGAAUAUUAACAAAUAUAUAUGUAUAUAAACUAACAUAGCAUAAUGGACUAAUUUAACAAAGAAAUAAGUUUAAUAAAAGAAGAAUAACAAAAUGUAAUAAAAUGUCACCAAAUACAUAUUUUGAGAAUUUUGAGAAGAAUGAGGUUUAAAAAAUAUAUAUAUUAUGAAAUAAAAUAAAGAAUACGAAAAACGAAAGAUGA